AUGCACGCCUCAUGCGGAAGUCUUGACGGGGUCGCCAGCCGCGGCAGGCCAAUGGCUGUUGCUGAUGCAUUACUCUCGCGGUGGAGUCGACGCAGCGAUGCGUCGUUGACAUGGCCGUCUCAUCUGCUGAGCAGCAGCAGCAGCGAGUCGGCCUCCUCUUUCACCGCCAAAGCCGUUGUGAGUGUGUCGUCUAGUGCCACGGAUGCCGGUCGCCACGCGGCAGAUGGGCAGACCACUUUGUUGCAGCCCGUCUCCAACGCGUCUGCGGCGCCGCCGUCCAUCGAGGAGCUGUUUGCCGAAGUGGACGAGGACGACACGGACACCUCCGCUACUGCUCCAGACUUCCUCACUGAGGAGAAGGAGCCUGAGGAACUGAAGGAUGGCCGGCAAGAUGGCGCCGCCCUUCCUCCGCGGAGGGACUCUUCUACUCUCAUAGCUUCCGCGUCGCCUGAGGUGACGAGGUUCGACGACACCGGUAAGACUGCUCGCUCACCUAGCACGUCUGCGAGCGCGACGGCGGAAGCGGCUCUUCUGGAGGCUCUGCUUCAAGAGCAACUCUCCCUGGACCUGAACGGCAGCGUGGAUGGCACGACCGAGGAGGAUGUGGACGGGCUGGACGAAGUGGUGACAAGGGCAGCGGACGCACACACAAUCAUCAAUUCAUCCUGCACGCUUCCUCAAGGACAGUGCCGUUCCCCUGACCUGCGGCAGACCGCACAUAUGGAGACGGCAGGCGGUGACGCCGACGGCGAGGCGGACGCCAAGGCAGACUCCAUCGAGGACGCUGUGGAUGACGAAGAGUCCAUGGAGUCUGUGCUGGAGGAGGAGGCGGAGCGCAUGUAUUUCGCUGCAUUGACAAACAUGGCGAAGGGUCAGGGCACCGCUGCGAAAGGUGAGGCGAUGCACGGGGCACUCGGGGACUACACGUUCUUCUCGAAGGAGGCCGUGACCUCAGCUGUAGAGACUCUGUCGAUGAGUGAAAGCACGGACGCUGCCGAUGCGACUUCGGCGUUUUCCUUCUCUGAUGACAGUGCCUAUGGCGUCUCAACGCCCACUGUGGAGUUCGACGAUGACGCGGCGCGGGAGGCGGAGAUGGAGUCUGUGGGCGAUGACAUGGCGACCUCAUGCGCUGCUGCCGUUGCAGCUCGGAAAGCGCGGAAGGGUUAG